GAGGCUCCCCGCAGGAGGAACGGGUUCCGCGCCUUUACAGCAGGCUGGCACCCAGCCAAGAGCGCAGAUGAUGCACGGACUUAAUAUGCAGGGCCAUAGGCAUGCGACGACCAGCAGCCACACUUGAAAAUGACAAACUCGGGACGCAAGACUGCGCAAGACCUGACACUCGCGUCUAGCCUAACUUCGUGCACUCAAGUUCUCAAGGGACAGGUCCUGGUGAGGACACGCAGUCCUCGCUUCCCUUUAGUCCCUAGCGCAGUUUUCCUUUUGCUACGUUGUGGGGACAGGAGGGAACCGGCGGGCAUCCGCCGGACUUUGGAGCCUGAGCGUGGAGGUGUUGCAGGAAGAGGGCAAAGGGGCAACAGGCACCCUGGACGCCAUGGCUACUACUGCUAGUGGAGUCCGCGGGGACACGCCCGCUUCCAGGUCCCUGGGGCGGCGGGACCGCGGCGCGCGCUCCUGAUUGGCCCGUGCGUUGUCCGCACGGCCGCCAAGCGCCGCCCGCGGACAGAGCAGGGAGUAACGGGGACUGUGGUCGCGGGCUGCCCCAGCCACUCACCAUGCCCUACCUGCUCAUCAGCACUCAGAUCCGUAUGGAAGUGGGUCCCACCAUGGUGGGUGAUGAACACUCAGAUCCAGAGCUGAUGCAGCAGCUGGGGGCCUCCAAGAGACGAGUCCUGGGAAACAACUUUUAUGAAUACUACGUCAACGACCCUCCUCGAAUAGUCCUGGACAAGCUGGAAUGCAGGGGCUUCCGAGUGUUAAGCAUGACAGGGGUGGGCCAGACGCUGGUGUGGUGUCUGCACAAGGAAUGACCUGCUUGAGCUGACUUGUGCAUAGGGUAUAUAUUCUUUGGAGGGAUCGCCAUGUGCCCUGCCCAUAAUCUUGCAUCACUGUCUGCCCUGUCCUUGCCCAACACUGAUGGGCUGUGAACAGCCUCAGGAACCUUGCUGCGGUUGGUUGGGUACAGCAGGCCCUGCCCCGGCUCCUUCAGCUUCCCCCAGCUGGACCUGGCCCUGCCUCUUGCUGUAGGCCAUGUGCAGAAGGCAAGCUACCCUGAGGAUGGUCCCUGGAUCCUACACAGCUAAUCCAAGCCAAUAAAGGGCUCUCACAAGUGUUGUUCCUCA